GAAAAAUAUGAUAGUGACAAUUGUUUCAUACAGCCAAGAAUUCACCAUGGAAAUCGGAGAACAAGAAUCUGUGUUGGACAUCAAGAAACGAUUAGGACAGUUUCUUCAGAUCCCAACAUCUUCUUUAACUCUCUUUGUCUCUUGUUGGGAACUCCUCGACGGCCUCGACGUCGAAGAUUACCCAAUUAUCUCUCACGGCACCAGAAUCGACCUCACCGUAACUCCCCUUUUCACCGUACCUUCUUUUACAGACUCCGCCGUUAAAAAAAUCCAUGUCACCGUCAAGUUCCCGUCAAAACAGUUCACAAUCGAAGUAGACAGAACCGAAACGGUAAGUAGCUUGAAGGACAAGAUUCACAUUGUGGAGAAUACACCUAUAAAGCGAAUGCAGUUAUACUUCUCCGGGAUCGAACUAGCCGACGAUUUUCGAAACCUAAACGAAUACGGAAUCGGAGAGUUCUCGGAGAUUGUCGUAUUUCUCAAGGCAAUCAACCGAGCGAAAGACGUUGCUCCGGUGAGGAAACUCUGUUUCUUGGUGCAGACGUCAUCGAGUUUAUUCAACGGUGCGAGGAUACCUGUGGAGAUUAAGGACUCUUGCACCAUCUCGGAGAUGAGAGAAGGGUUACAAGCGAACAAGACGUUGCCACGAGACGAGUAUAUAUUCGUGCACAAGCAACGGAUUAUGCGAGAGAACUGUAGUCUUCGGUGGCAUGGUGUUGAAAAUGGUGAGACUCUUUUUGUGUUCAAAGGGUCUAUUAGUCGUGGUGGUUACUGAGAUUUGCAAAAUUUAAGCUUCUUAUUCGAGUUUUUUUUUGUUAUAAAUAAUAGUAAGUCACUCUCAAGUCUCAAGAACUCAUGACGUUAUGGGACUGAUGGUGGGUAUUGUAUAGAAAUUUAUGGGAGGGAACUAUAUGGAUUAUGCAUUUUCAUAUUUGU